GAACUGGAUUCUCAGAACUGGUGAUGCUCAGAGUUUCGAGGAAACUUUUAUAAGAUUGCGACAGCAUGGCUAUGACUGCAGAUGGCUGCAUUCAAUUCACCCGUCAUGCAGGCGACGUCCUGCUCAACUUCAACCGCCUGCGCAGCAGGAACCUCCUGACCGACGUCACGGUGCAGGUGGACGGUCAGAUCUUUCAUGCGCACAAGGCCAUCUUGGUAGCUUGCAGUGGCUUCUUCUACUCUGUGUUCAUGAAACCCGAGAACGCGAGCCUUAGUGCCAUCAGCCUGGACCCCAAAGUGGACCCUAAAGGUUUUUCCCUCCUGCUGGACUUCAUGUACACUUCCUUUUUGAACCUGGAUGACUCUGUGGCCUUGACCACCCUGAACACAGCCAUCUACCUACAGAUGGAGCACGUUGCUGACACCUGCCACCGGUUCAUCAAGUCCAGACAUCAGGCUCUGAAUAUGCAAAUGGAAGAGGUUCAGAACAACUCCUCGAAUCUAGCUGAGGAAAUCUCUGCUAAAAAGCUCGCUGAGGAAAAAGAUCCAGACUUUAGAAAUAACCUCUUACUGAGGUUGUCCCCUCAGGAGUGUGGGGGGUAUGUCCCCAAUGUCUUCAGGGGGAUCAACACCACUGGUUCCUACCACGUGUACGGUGAUCUGCACAUCCCCGCUACGGUACUAGAAGGUUCUAAAAAGAUUGUCAACACCAGCAUGGCCCAACCCUCCAUUAUCCGACCGGCAGCAGCUCACCGUAACCUCCAGUGUCCUGCUUCUCCCGUGGAGGGCCACAACACUCAACACCCACAAACCGGCUGUCUGAGACCUACUCUGAGCUACAGCAAGGGGGUCAUCUGCAGCCCGCAGAGCCCCCACCGAUCCGACUGCCAGCCGAACUCGCCCACCGAGUCCAGCAGCAGCAUUAACGCCAGAAUGAGCCUGAAGCAGGCCUGCGAUUCUCCCAGAGACGCCAAGGCCCGCAACUGGAAGAAGUACAAGUUCAUUGUCCUGAACCAAACCCCUGACGAGAGCGGGAGGGAGACCCAGAGCAACAGAGCUGAAGUGGAAUCUGCUUCACCCUCUCUCAGCCCCGCCGGUAGUGAAGCAGCUGGUGGACAUGACGAGAUCCAACCAGAAGAGGGAGCCAGAAAUCACAGAGAGGAAAUGAGUGAACUCAGCUGCAGCAGCAGAUCUUCUAGCUGCGAUAGUCCUCAGCGCAUGGAGACCAGCCACCUCACUCCAGCCUCUUUCAGCAGCGACGAGGCCACAAAAAUGUGCUCAGAUUAUUCGCCCUCUAGCUGUGAAAAUAGCUUCUUCUGCAACGGGUGUGACUCCAAGUUCUCGGAGGAAGACUCGCUGAAAGAUCACAUGGGUCAGGUCCACAGCGACAAGCCAUACAAGUGCGACUGCUGCCAGGCUGCCUUCCGCUACAAAGGCAACCUGGCCAGCCAUAAGACAGUUCACACCGGUGCAAAGCCGUACCACUGCAACAUCUGCGGGGCUCAGUUCAACCGUCCGGCCAACCUCAAGACUCACACGCGGAUUCACUCUGGAGAAAAGCCAUACAAGUGCGAGACGUGCGGUUCUAGGUUUGUGCAGGUCGCCCACCUCCGCGCCCACGUGUUGAUCCACACGGGAGAGAAACCGUACCCCUGUGAGAUCUGUGGGACGCACUUCCGCCACCUUCAGACGCUCAAGAGCCACAUGCGCAUCCACACGGGAGAGAAGCCUUAUCAUUGUGAAAAAUGUGACCUCCACUUCAGACACAAGAGUCAGCUCAGGCUUCAUCUCCGACAGAAACACGGCGCCGUUACAAACACCAAGGCUCAGUACCGCAGGUCUCCCGGCAAUAUGGUCGCCGGCCCGGUGGACUCCUCCUGAGUUAGCCGCCGGCCGCCGCUUACAGACUGAGUUAAAAAAAAUACAGAGCGGACGCUCAAGUGUAAUAUUUGCCUCUUUUUUUCCCCGGGCUUACACACGUUGCACGUAUCCAUGUGUGAGAGACGCUAGUCUGCGAUUUUAUUUUGAAUGUCCCAACAACAGAAUGUACGUCUUGAAUGUGAAUCUGAGUGGGUAUUUCUCCGUUUUGCAAAUACCUCGACAGAAUGUCAGCCCUCUUUGUUGCUCGAUUAGGGAGUCACUGUUACACUUUGGUUUUAGAUGAGGUAUGAACCUGCCCAGUAAUUGGUCUGAUGCAGUCAUGAUGCCGAUUUGAACUUUUCUUUCAUAAAGCUCUUUGUGUAAAUAAGAUAUCUAUAUAUUAUAUAUUUUCAGAUAGCUACUAUUUGCUGGCAGAGUGCGAAUAUAUUAACAGUUGGUACAUUUUUUCCUCAUGGAGUGACUGUCAGUUCCUCAUGGCUGUGGGCUUUUUAUUUUUGCUGUGUCAUAGUUUGUGGUACAUGCUGUAAUAUUUACAGACUGUCAUUUGUUUUAAAACUCGCUACUUUUUGUACAUAUUGAAUUUUUUUUCACAAAUUAUUUUUUUUUGAGCUUGGUGUCUUGCACAUGCCCAUGAUGUUGUAAUAUAUCUGUGUUCAUACAUUAGCUUGAGUAUUUCUACUUUAAAUGUUCUCAACGGCUCCUUAAACCCCGUUCCCAGCACUUUUGUAUUCUUGUUUAUUUUUGUAAAUGUGAUUCUUCCUUCUAAUAUUUGGUGCUGUAGCAAUCCAUUUCCCCCUUACUCAACCGUGCGCUUCGUAAAACACUCAUCAUAUUUGGCAGAUGUUCAGUGCCUUACAUUUACAUUCUUCUGUUGGCUUUUUCCACAGACUGACAAUUAUUUGAAUUUUAAUUGUGACCAACAGAAAGCCCUGGUACUUAACUGCUUUUUUUAAAAAAAAAUAUAUAUAUAUAUAUAUAUGUUAUGUGUUUGCCUUGGUACUCGAGCUAAUUAAUGCACAUGCAUGUUAAGGUAUCGUUGGUACCUUACCAGAAGGGUAAAGCUCUUUAAUGUGCAGACACCAGGGCUCAAGCUAAAACACUCAGGAAUAUCAGUACUAUGUAAGCAAAUGUGUUUCUAAUGGCAAUUGAAUAUACAUAUGAAAUAUAUUUAUAAAUAUAUUUAUAUAUAACAAUAAAAUGUGUAUUGUGAAGCAUA